AUGGUUCUUAAUCAAUGCGCAUACGAGACGACGACACAAGAUUCCAUGGACGCGUUUUCUUCAAUGGUUGUGAUCACUUCUUUCCCGAGAAAACGUAAGGCUGAGUUCGACCCCGAAGAGGAGGAGGAAGAGAUCGAUGGUGAGAAAGAAGGAGGGAAAGCCAAAACAGAGGAGCCUAAGGCUAGAAUAGAUUACUUGAAGUCACCGGAAUGGGAUGUGGACAGCUUCGAUGGUUUAGAGCCCUUUGAUCACUACAGAGGAAUAAAACCAAUGGGCUUGGAGUGGGAAGCGCUUACGGAUAAAGACUUUCGCGGCUUCUUUGAAGAGUUGGUCUCUUUUUGUCUCCUAAAACUCAACCAAGACCAGGAUUCGAAUGUGGAAUUCGUUGAAGUUGUGAGAGGUUAUUAUCGCGCAGGACGUAGAUCAAAGUCAUACAUUACAUUUAUGGCUAGGGAGAAGCCUGAUGGACCUCUUGUGGAGUAUCAAGCCAAGUGUAUGGUUACUUUGGACAGAAAGAGGCAUCCCAUCCUAUGUAGACCGGCUCCUACACCAAAGCCUUGAAACCAAACUUGUUUAAGGUAGGGGUUGCUCUUAGCCAGUUCAGAUUUGCUGUGUCCAUGCUCAAACGUGAUUAGAUAUAUGUAUGUCAUAAUGUGUUUGAAUCUGAA